UUUCACACUUGCCGGCACACGUGGCAUGUAAACCUUUUUAAUUGUCUUUUUCUUAUGUGUUAGUGUAGAAAAUAAUUUGUCAAUUUGGUCUUUUACACCAUGUAUUUUUUAAUAUUUGACUCAAUCAAUGAGUGGUGCGUGAAUUUGUCACCUGUGAGUAUAACAUCCACGGAAAGCAAAUCUCAAUAACUUAUUCCUGAUGAUGAAAAUAAACAUUUUCGAAAGCUUGAAACUUAGUUAAAAGAGUACACUUAUUUCACCGCUGCAUAUCCCAAUAACCUCAGAAUUCCGUUUUCUACGUUGUCAGCAAAGACUUCUUUUCCUUUUCUUUUUAAGGCAUGGGAUUUUAUCAGAACAUCGCAUAUCGCUAUGGUGACCUCGCUGUACGGGCACUCAAGGAUUGGUCAAAGACUAAACAAAAAUUGGCAAGAGAAUACAAUAAAAGAUGUUUUUUAUUAAGAUGUAGAUCAUCAAACAUUUCACCUACACACAUCAUACACUCCACUUCAUCCAUCACUAAAUUAUUACAAAGACAGGACAUCCAGUCGAACAAGGAUGCUUUACAAUUUACCAGGUUAGAAAACAGAAUUUUGAAUUUAGAAAUUUCUAAUUGCAUUAAAGUCAUUAACAAUUUAGAGUCUAAUUUAUCUAAACUCAAAAGAGACAUCAUUGACUUUACUUCUGAAUUCAUUUUUAACAACUUUUCUAGUAAACAACAAGUUUUAUAUAACAAAACUUUUCAUAAAACCAAAUUAGUAAAUACUAACAAAUAUAAUAGAUUAUUUAAUCAAGAACUGAACUUGAAACUAAAGACAAAACCGGGUUGGAUUAAGAACCUCUCCAAUGUAACCUUGCCCGAUGAUAUUUCUAGAUUUUUGUCUUUGGGUCCAAAGUUCAGUAUAGAACCUAUUGUAGGGAAAGAUAUCCCUAUCAGGGAUAUGUUGGCUGACGUUGAAACAAUUAUGCACUCUGUCACGGAUGCACAACUGAGGGACGUACUAGUAGCUAAAUCUACGUACAUCAUUACUGAUUAUGUACAUAAAAAUAACAGUAAGAGUAGCUUUAACUUCUACAGAGCUAUGUUACAUAAAACUCGUAAGUUUCUUAGUGAAAACACUAACAUUAUUGUCAUGCCUUCUGACAAAUGUAAUGUAACUGUAGUUCUGGAGAAGCAGAGAUACUUAGAUCUAUGUCUCGAAUUGCUAAAUUCUGAUAACAUAUAUGAGAGAUUGAACAGAGAUCCAACUAAUACUGUUCAAACUAAAUGCAAUAACCUCAUCAAGGAAUUAUGCAGUUUGGGACAAAUAGAUGAUGAUACAAAGAAAAAAUUAACAGGGUAUAAGGGUGUCAUACCCAAGUUUUACGCUUUACCUAAGAUUCAUAAACCACAGCUUUCGGUACGUCCCAUUGUUGCAUGCAUUGGUUCACCUACUAAUUUAUUAGCAUCUUUUUUGACUGAGAUUUUGACCAAUGCAUAUGUCUCUAAUGAAUAUGACGUAAAAAGUUCUUUUGAUGUCUUUAACAGUUUUAACAACUAUCAGUUACCUGAGGGCUAUGUUCUUAUCAGUCUGGAUGUAGUCUCUUUGUUCACUAAUGUACAUCUAGAUGCAGCCUUAAUAGCUGUUGAAAACAAUUGGAAUUUUAUUAGUUCUCAUUGCAAUAUUAGCUUGGAAUCUUUCAAAAAACUCAUCUCCUUUCUUUUUAAUAACACCUAUUUCACAUUUAAUAAUACUGUGUUUAGACAAACACAAGGGACUCCUAUGGGAGGUACUAUCUCUCCCAUUCUGGCCUGUUAUGUGAUGGAUCAUUUACUGGAUAUGGUGAUCCCAGAAUUGUCCUUCUAUAUUCCUUUUGUUAAAAAGUAUGUGGAUGACUUAAUCCUCGCUAUUCCUAGCAAUAGAUCAGCUGAAAUUUUGCAAGUAUUCAAUAGUUAUGACCCUCUAUUACAGUUCACAAUUGAACAUGAGGAUGAUCUAUGCUCAGUCCCCUUUCUUGAUACCCGGUUCAUUAGAACCCAUAACAACUCCCUGAGAAUUGACUGGCAUAGAAAACCUCAUAGUUCUGGACGUUUUCUUAACUAUUGGUUAUAUCAUCGACACUCAAUAAAAAUCAACUUGAUUAAGCAAAUGAAGGCUAGAAUCAUAGCUAUCAGUGAUCCUUCUUGCCAUCAGAAGAACCUGAGAAUCCUGUCUAACCUUUUUAUCGACAACUCUUAUCCAAAACACCUAGUCACCAAGAUAUUAUUCAGUUUGACCCCUGACAUAAUACGCCAUAAUGAUGAGUUGCAAAUUACUGUUACAAGCGGAGAACAAAAUGCCAAUUGUUUAUAUACUUCUUUAAAAUACGUGAAAGGCAUAACACCCAGACUGGCUAGACUGUUUAAAGACAUCCCUAACUUGAAAAUAGCCUUUAAAACAUCUUUAACUUCACGAUCUAUAUUUUCAAAGGUUAAGGACAAGAGUGACAUUAGGGAUUGUUCUAACGUUGUCUACCAGAUUCCCUGUAACAACUGUAAUUUGGUAUAUGUUGGACAAACCGCACGCAAUUUAGGUAGUCGUUUAGUUAGUCACCGCAGUGAUAGCAGAUUAUAUCCUGAAAGAUCUGCUCUUGCCGAACAUGUUAAUAAAGAACAUCACAAAAUGAAUUACGAAUCGGUCAGAGUUUUAGCUUCUGAAUCCAACUAUACUAAAAGACUGUUCUUAGAGAUGGCUUUCAUUUCGCAGAAUUCUAAUGCAAUGAACAAAAGGAGUGACAUAAAUCAAUUAAGCUCUAUUUACUCAUAUCUAUUAUGUUUAGACAACUAUCCUCAUUUCAAUGAUGUCUUAUCAACUGAUUCAUUGUAA